CUUGUCACUACUUCCCAGUACCAACGAACCAGCCAAGCCUCUCACCUGCGGGAUCCACUUGGGAGACACGAAGGACGUCGCCUCGAUCGCGGACAGACCCGUCUCGGACAGCAAAUUGAUGAACUUGACCUUGUCGUCUGUCGAAACAUUGGUCUUCUCGUUCUGCAGUCCGUCACGUGGUCCCACCUCCACGAUCUUCACGAAGCUCGGGUACCCCGAAGCACUCGCAGUAGCAGGCGUGGCCGAUCCCAUCGCUCUCGUCGAGAGCCUCUUGCUCACCGCCGCCAGCACACGCCGCCCACGAGGCCUCGGCACCUUCAUGUCGUCGGUCUGGCGUCCAAACUGUGAAUGAGGACGUCAAACCCCAACUUCAACCUAAGGUUGGAGCCCAAAAUACUUCAUCCAAUCAACCCAAUUGGCAUAAAAUUGGGGUUCGUACUUAUUCGCGACUUAUUUUGGGUUCAAGCGUUGGCGCCAGUCAUUCGGCCAGAGGCAUAGCGAGACCAAGUCACUUCAACUCCAGUAUCAAAACGGCCGACGGUUGGCUCUGGGUUGACUCGACAAUCACUCUUGAUCGACAUGGCCAGCGCGCUCGCGAGUCAGCUGCAGCGGCUUCGCGAGGCUGGCGCCGGCAGCAAGCGCCGUACCGACACAUUCCUGUACGACCAGCGUGAGGCGGCGCGUCUGGACGACGAGACGGUGUACAAUUUGGCGUGGAAUGGGCUGCUGGAGCUCAAGCAGCUCGAUGCGCGCUUCGAGGAGCUGGACGCGGACGCACAGGUAGCCAAACUCUUCAGUCGCCAGCGUAUCCACUUCCACCGCGCGCAGAGCUCCAAACAGGACGAGACGGAGCUCAACGCCGCGCUUGACAAGGUGCUGGACGCGCUCAGUGCGUACUUUCUACUAGGCGCAGCGCAUAAAGUACUCGAAUUCCUUGUGCGUCGCUACGAAGUGCAUCGCUAUAAUGUGGACGCUGUUAUGGGCAUGAUCGUUGCCUACCAUGAGUCCUCGUGGUUCGUUCGCAUGGUGCGCAUUCUUCACAUCCACAACACCCGCUGGGAGUUCAUGCUAGGAGUCAAGACCCAGGGCACACCGCUGCUGCGUGCUGCGCUCGUACAACGUGCCAUUGACGAGUCCUCCGUCAUCGAAUUUAUCUUCAAGGCGGCGACUAGAAUCGGAGCUAGCAAUCCCAAGCUUACGUCGCUCUACACACUCGUAGUGCUGCAGAUUCUUGAACAGGGCAAAGUGAGCGAGCAGAUGCUGCGCUGGUUGAUCCCGCAGCUGCUAACAGCGCUGAAAACCACGAGUUUCCCGGAACUACAGUCGUCAGCGUACAUGAUCGUGACUAAAUUGGCGUCCAAGGCUACGUUGACGGGCAAAGUGGUGGACGCUCUGGUGAAGAAUCUCGUCAAAUAUGCACAGGCCGGCGCACAGCUGAACGCUCUGCUGUGUGUGAUCUUUUUAGCCCAGACGCAGCCGUCGUUCCGCUUGUCCAGCAGUGCCGGCAAACACCUUGUGCAGAUGGAAAACGCUGCGGAUUUCCUGCGUGACGCCACUUCCAACUACGAAUCAGCCAAGUUUGUGCAGCUUCUCACGGUCUUUUUGACGCAGCAUAUGAAAUCCACAGACGAUGACUACUUUCGUCUAUUGACGACGUUGGUUGAGAGCGUUUCGGUGGUCGACGGAUUCACGGAUGAGCUGGUUGAAACGAUGGUGGAACAGGCUAAGGAGGAGAGUUUUGCGAUGGACAACGAACGUGUACAGGCGAUUUCACAGGGUCUCGUUGCGCUGAGCAAGAAGAAUGCAACGAAAGUGGAUGCGGUUGUUAGCUCCAUGCUGUCGAAGCAAACGAAGAAGUCGAAGGGCGACAAGAAACUGAACAAAUUCCUUACCAAGACGUUCGAGAACGUUGCCAACUCGGCACAUUUUGUGCCUUCCAACACGGACGCGAACACGUCUCUUGCCCUCGCGCUGGACCACCCGACUGAGCAUAUCCGAUACCAGGCGUUGGUUUCGCUGGCAAAGAUGAACGACGCGAAUGCUACGGAUAAGGACCAGGUGCUUACGAGCGGAGACAUACUUAUCCGUCGGCUGCUGGACGACAGCAAACGCAUAGCGAGCUUCAUGGUUUCCAGUUCUCUCGGUGAUCUUAUGCUCAGCUUGAGCUCCAAGAAGAAAGUGCUUGCUGCGAUUGUACAGGCAGUCCGUAAGUGGACGUCGCGCUCUGACGCUUCUGUGGUUGAGACCAUUGCUGAUUUCGCGCUUAAGAACUUCCGCAAGGUGGCGGCGUCGUCGGAUACUGAUGAGAAUUUGCUGACGUUGUUUGUUUCUCUCGUGGACAAGAAGAAGACUGUCGUUUCGGUGAAUACUGUGUGGUCUUGGAUCUCUUUGCUUGACCAUCCUUUCGGUGCAAGCGCUGGUAAAGUGUCGGUGAACACAGUCGCUGAGAUGGUUGAAAAUUUCGCCCAUGCUCUUGCAACCGACGUCCCAGGUCUCCUGCCGUUCUGCUUGCGCUGGUCUCAGAAGUCGGACUUCAACGACACUCCGCUUACGGGCUUCUUAGUGGAGGUUCUUUCUGCUGCUCGGAUUCAACUGGCGUCGAAGAAGUCGAAGUCAAAAAAGGCAAAGGAACAACAGCUAUCGUUGGAUCAAUCCUUCCGGUUUAUUCUCAAGAAGGAAUUCGUUUCGUUGUGCGAGGACGAUGUGUCUGAGGACCAAGUCACACGCGCAGUGCACGUUGCGUCCAAACUGGCCGAGGUCGCGUACGACGUUUUCGCUGUUUCUCGUGAUGAGUUCGAUGGAUGCGUCGCUACGUUGCUGCAGUCUCCGACCCCCGUAUUUAUUCGCAUUCAAGAGUGUCUGUUGGAGUUGUUCCACGCAGACCUGGAGACGCAGCUGUUGCCGACGAUGGCUCGCAUUGUCACGAAGCCCGCUCCUGCUAGUGACGUUCUGAAGGUCCUGACGAAGACGCGCUCGUUGGAUAUUAUCUCUGCGGUGCUUGAAGGCUUCUCGUACACCGAAUCCGAUGAGGAACUGCAGCAGCUUGUCCACGUGGUUCCGGUUGUUAUUGUAUCACUCUCGGACCUUAGCAAGGUUGUACGUCAAUCUGCUGUCGCUUGCUUGGACCGAUGGGUUGUAUCGAGUGGUGACGCUGUGCGCUCGUCAAAGUCCGCGGACCUGAAGACACUCCAGAAGGCUUCGACUUUCUUCCUUAAGGCCAAGCAGGAUAUGCUGAUGGAUGCCAACUCGGUGGUGGCGCUUUGUGGCACGUAUAGCGCUCAGGGAGGUAGCUCGGCUUUCCACCAACUGCUGAUGGACUUUGUAUCUUCUGCGAGUAGCGAUGAAAUGUGCAUUGCAGUGAAACUUCUCGAGUUGCUGGCACCUGUCAAGGAAAUGUCGUUCUGGCUGCAAUCUGUGGACUUUUUCCAACAGGCUCUCGCUGGCUGCUCGGCGUCCGGUGUGGAUGACGCUACUGUCAAGUUGCUGAUGGGCUUCCUUGCACAUUACUUGGACGCGGACGUUGCUGUUACAACGACGAAGCAAGGGAAGCGUGCUGUUUCUAAGGAAUUCCUGGACGUCUUGAUUGCUGUAUUGCGUUUUGAAAAGGAGGCUGCUUCACACUUGCAGAAGCUGCAGCUCUUCGUUGCGGCUAACCUUUCGGCUGAGUUUUACAACGCUCUGGAUGAUGUAUCUCGUCACGUUCUCGUGGACAAGCUUCUUCGCUUACUGAUGGUAGCGGAGGAAGCUCUGGCUUCAAAGCUGAUCCCGUGUCUGAACACGUUGCCUAUCAGCUACAACAUCUUCGUGCGGUUGCUGGAGGAGCAACUUGGUUCCAAGGUGGAGUUCUCUGAACUGAGCUGCAUUCUUGAAGUGCUAGCUAUUAAGGUCGACAGCGCUUCGAGCUGUGAGGAAACCGACGCUGAUAUCAGCAAGCUGCUUACGACUCUGUGCGACGUGCUGGCUUUGUUCUGCGACCCGAAGCAUGAAAGUGUUGUGUCCGAGUACAUCUUACAGGUGCUUUUCAGCUGCCUGCGUCGUGUGUGUGAAGUCAGCUCCGCGUCCUCGAAGCAAGCAAACGAACGUUCGGUUAAGGGUACGAAGCACACGGUGACGGUGAAGCCUGAACUUCUGGUUCAGCACACGCUGACGUGUCUAGGCCGUACUUCAUCUCCUCAGACGCGCAAUGAGGCCCUGCUUUUCAUUAGUUCUCUGGUGAACUUGCACCCGGCUAGUGUGCUGACGUCGCUGGACAAGAUCCUGAGCUUUGUGAGUGCUGGUUCGAUUCAUCACGAGGACGAGUAUUCUUUCCAUGUUCUGGAGACGAUCAUCAAGGCGGUGGUUCCACACAUUGUUGCGACCAAGAAGCAGAAUUCGGACGCGUUGAUCACACCUCAGCGGUUUAUUGGGCUCUUCGUGGACGCGUUCAACCAAAUCCCCAAGAGCAAGCGUGAGGCUCUGUUCGAAGUCGUGGUAGGAUCACUUGGAAGUGAUCUUCUGCCGUACUGUGUUGUGGCGCUGCUGCAACAAGCUGCGAUCGAGGAGGAUAUGGACGUACAGCGCGAACGCAUCCAGUUCGCUCACAGCCUGUGCUUUACCUUUGAUUGUGCCGAGCAAGUGUCGUCGCUGGUGAUGGUUCUGCGUAUGGCGCGUGACUUGCUUCCCCACGUGGUAGAAGAGGCCGAUACCGACACGGACGAAAUGGACGAAGACGAAGACGAUGUGGAAUACGAGCGCUUCGUGCUGGAUGAGCGAUUGGUAAAGUCGAACGCGCUUUCUCGUCAGCUGAACUCGAUUCUUGUCAAGUUUAUUGCUGCUCACCUACGUGCUCGUGAGUUACAUCACAAGAUCUUGAGCUAUGAGAGCGAACGGGAUGAGAUGGACGAUGAAGAGGGCGAUGACUUGCAGCAGAACUACCUGAUGCUGGCUCAACUGGACUUGCUGUACUUCCGUCGCGUUGCCCGGGAACAGUCUCUGCAUGACGACGAAAGCGGCUUCUGGUCGUUGCUUGCUUCGGAUUCCAUGGAGAUCCUAGGCGCUCUGCAGCAGCUUCUGUCUACGCCUGGAUUCGUCGCUGUUAUCAGCGAACUACUGCACCACGACAACAGUCUGGUGCGCAAGAAGGCGAUGCAGCUUUUCAACGAACGUCUGCAAGACGAGCGCGAUUCUCUCUCCUCUGGCGAAGCUUUGCUGUUCAUUGACAUGCUGGACGAGCUCGAUGCUAUUCUUCAGAACCCUGAAGGCUCAGAAAACAGUGUGAACAUUCAGACUGCACUGCUCAGUGUCGACAUCUUGGCCCGCAACUUCGCAACGAACCACACCAAGCGGUUCCAGCAGAUCCUCCCGACUAUCGUCAAGUACGUGGACCAAGACGUGGUGAACUCGUCUCCCAUGACGCUGCACUUGUUCGGCUGUGCGUUCGUGUGUCUGUCUUCGAUCUGUCGUGCCGUUGGCCCCGUCGUGUUCCCUCUUCUACCCAAGUUUUUCCCAAAACUACUGAGCGGAUUUGAGUACUGUUCGUCGACCAAUGGUGUUAGUGGCACCAAGGCGGUGUUGCAGUGUCUGCUGGCGGCGUUGGAGGUGUUCACGGACAAGAUUCCACAGUUCCUGGGACCGUAUCUGCCUGCUGUCAUUCGUGCUCUGUUGACUCCAUCCCUGCUCUCUUCUGCACCUGGUAACGCUGAAGUGCUGAUGUCCGUGGACUGCUGCUUCUUGAAUCUGUGCAACCACGUCGAACUGCGUCAGCUGCUCCCCACUUUGUUCGGAGCGUACGAGCACGUGUUGACGCUCAAGAGCGACACGAGUGUGACGCGGUUGUUCUCGGUUGUGGGAACUGUCGUGAAUGAUCUUGAAUCGUCGGCUAUUCGCAAGCAUCUGCCUUCGUUUGCUCGCUUCUUCGUUACGGCUUUGGACGCUCGUCGUGUGCAUGCGUCCAAGUUGCAAGACCUGGAGGAAGUGGAGGAAGAAGUGCUGGAAUGCCUCGUGCAGUUUAUCUUGAAACUGAGCGAGAAGCAGCUUAAGCCGCUGUUUUUGAAACUGGCGGAGUGGGCGCAGACGCGUGUUGGAUCUUCUGGAAAGAGUGGCGACAUCUCGCGUCGGAUUUCGUUCUCCAAGUUGAUUGUUAAGCUUUCGGAGCGUCUGCGUGGCAUCUUCGUGCCGUACUACGCCCACGUUCUGGAGUUCCUGACAUCUGCACUUCGUGAGAGUCGCAAGGUGCUGAUGCAGAAGCCGCCGCGGUCUUCGGAAGACAGCGACAGCGACGACGACGACUUCUUUGCUAACGAGGACGAACCGCCUGCCAAGAAGGCGAAACUGGGUGUUUCGUCUACAGUUGAUGUAAAGAUCGAGCGCGAGAGGAAUACCCAGCUGUUGACCACCGUGGUGCGCGCUCUGGACGGCUGCUUCGUGCACGAUAACGACGGAUUUAUGGAGAAGGACCGGUUCGACGUUGUGCUGACACCGCUGGUGGACGUGCUGGACGUGCUGCAGUACGAUGCGUCGAUGCGCGAGUUCGUGUUGGAGACUGUGGCGCCGUGUCUGGCGAACUUGGCGUGGGCUGCUAAGAGUGACUUGCUGUGGAAGCCGCUACACUACUCGGUGCUGAUGAAGUCGCGUGGAGACAACGCGUUGGUGCGUCUCGCGGCGCUGGUGACAGUGGAGAAGUGCUAUCAGGUGAUUGGAGACGAGUUCCUGGCCAUGCUGCCUGAGAGUAUCCCGUUCCUGGCUGAGCUCAUGGAGGACACGAACGAUGAGGUGGAGAAGACGUGCCACCGUGUGAUCAAGCAGAUCGAGGACAUCUCGGGCGAGUCCUUGGACCAGUACCUCACGACCUAGACUACGUCAAGUGCUAGGUAAUAGAUAGAAUAGCCACACACUAUGUAGACCUCGCCUCGCACCUCGUACGCUCUUCUCCGAGGUCUGCCCGCCACAGCGAGGACGUUUUUGCAUUUUCAUAAGUCGUAAUAAGAUGUAGAUGAUACACUUCAGUGUACUAGCGCAUGAUUGUCGAUCUACAUGAAAUAACACUCCUACUAAUGAAAGGAUUUCAAGAC